CAAGGUAACCGCGCCAUCUGCUGGUCACAAACCUGAUUUACCCUGCCUAAUCCUUUUUGCCAGGUCCUCUUGUGAUUGAGUUUACCUCCAUGGCAACCUUCAAAUGUGAAAGUAGGCUAACCACUUGGGUGAUUCCAAUUCAGUGAAGUUAGUUCAAUCACAACUGCGACUACAUUCCUUGCAGAGCCGUAGACAAACGUAACAUUUUAAAAACCCGACUACAUUUUGGUAUGAGAUGUUGGUAAAUACAGAUUCAUCGACACUUUUGAACAGCGCUCUCGAAGACAAGUUAGCCAACGACUAUGCUCUAGUGGACUUCCUGAAUGAAUUUUUAAGUCUCCCAGCAUUUUCCGAAACCAUAAAAUACAAUACGGAGACUGGGGCUUUUGAGGUGGUGAGCGAUGCAGCGGAUUCCCUUCACAGCCGAAUUCGAGCAGCUUUGCACGAACAUGAACUCAAGUCCUUCUCUGAUUCUCCGCGGCUCACCGCAGUCCCCAUGUUUGACAACUCUUACACAGUUCUGUGUUUGGACCGAGAAAAAGGAAUGCAGUGGGUUAAGAAAUCAAGACUAUCCUUGUUUUUACAAAGCGACUACUACUUUGAAUACAGGUUGGUGAAGCUCCUCUCCCAGCUGGUCUGUCCAAGUCAGAGACAGGACGAUGCCACCACCCCUGCUCCCUGCACCGUCUACCCACCAUCCCCUCCUCGCUGCACAGCACACGCUCUUAACAAGGAUCGACUGUCUUUCAUCAAAGAGGGAAACUCAGCCGGUUGUGAGUACAGGAAUGGCAGCGAGAGACCUGAAGAGGCCUGGAGAGCUGAGGCCGAGGCCUGUUUGUACGUCACAGAGACUGAAGAGUGGAAGGAGACGACCCCAUCCAGGCCCCCGGGUUCAGCUGGUACUGGGGAGUGUCAUCUCAUUGCCAGCCUGGUAAACCAUGUCCUGCAGGUGGCAGUGUCUGAGCUGAAGGUCGGCAGUGCCAAGGCUGGGUUGGAUACCCCUCAACAGGCACCAGGGGCAACAGAGCUUCUGACGCACACAGACUGUGUGGGAGCUGAAAUGAAUGCCUUCAAUAACAACAGUGUGAUGGGAGAGCCCAUAGAAGGAAAGGGUCGCUGUUUGCGUUUCCAUGGUUCCAGACAGUCCCUGGAGGAUUUUAAGAGGUUUUUACAGGGCACCCCUGGGGAGAAGGUCCUGCAUCUGUGGAUGGACAUCGAGAGACUGAGGACCCUACAGAGCUCAAAGGGCAAAAACAGGCACUUAGUGAAGAUGCGGAACCAGUACAUGCCGAGCAGUGGUUUUAGAGCCCUAAGUUCUGAACUGCUCUUGAGGCUUGGCUUGGCCAGUUCCUCGAGCUGGAGAGAGGACAAACUACUUCACAUACAGCCCUGUCUCUCCGAGGCCCUGCUAACAUACUGGGGCCCACUCUUCUGUUUGGUGAGCUCUGCCAGUGAAAGGCGAGGCCUGGUGGACCGGCAGCAGAAGCGUCAUCUGUACUUAGCUGCUGGUGGAGGGCCCAACCCCAGCUACCUCCCCCUGCCUCCUGUGCAUCCCCACUCCUGUGCCCCUAGAGCUCCACCCACACCUGCUGGAAAGCCACUGUCUGGCAGGCGCAUGGACAGGAUGCUGCAGGCAUUACACGUGGAGCCCAGAACUGGCUUCUACUUCACCCGCUUCUGUGAGCUCUCAGGAAACAAGCUGUGGGACAGUGCCAUUCAUUUCUGGGCGGAUCUGCAGGAGUACCAGCAGCUCUUCUACCAGGGCGGCCUGGACCCUUACAGAGCCCAGAGGAAGGCCCAGGUGCUGUACUCGACCUACCUGUGCAGUACAUCCCAGGAAAGCAUCAGUGUGAGUGAGGAGUGUAGGAGGCAGGUGUUUGCACGCUUGACUCCUCCGUUUGAGGAGCUGUUUGACAGCGCAGAGGAACACACACUCACCCUCCUGCUGGAGCCCUGGACUCUCCUCACCUCGCAGGACACACAGAUCUAUGAACAGGUUGACCUGUGGGAGGAAACCCGUCAUGUUGACACAGAAGACUACAGGAAGCUCCAAGCCUUGCACAGAGAGUCUGUGCAGAGGGUGGAACAGCUGGCUCUGGAGCGCAAGUCUGCCCCUCUGCCACCAGAGGUCCCUAGAGAACCAGACUCGUGGGCACAGGUUCCGGAACGGUUCAGAGGGUUCCGUCUGGUGUCUGUGCUCCGGAACCGCACGGAGCUCCAGCACUUUCAGGCCUUCCUGGAGGACAAUUCUGCCAGCAUGGACCUGCUGUGCUGGCUGGACCUGGAGCAGCUGAAGAGAACCUCCAGCCAGAAGCAGGAGCAGAGAGCCCAGCGCUUCCACGCCAUCAAGACCAAGUACCUCAACAGGAAGUACUUCUUCGGGCCUGGCAGCCCCGCCACCAAACAUCAGCAGGAGGAGGUCAUCCGUCUGGCUGGUGGCAGGGGCCAGCUCCUGCAGAGCGGUCUAUCAGGUGAUGCGCUGUUGCAGAUGCAGAACCUUGUGAUGCACCGCAUUGAGAGGAAAUGGCUGCCUGUCUACCUGUCCACACCUGACUUCACUGAGCGCCAAAAGCUGCAGCCCCAGGUGGAGGAGCGCAGGAGGAGAUACCGCAGGAAGAAGCAGCUGUGGAAGCCCUCUCAGCAGGCGGAUGGUGCCUGGAUGGCCUCCUCCAGGGAGGUGCUGGGCUUCCGGCAGGCCCUCCUCAACCCUGUCACCAGCCUGCAGUUUCAGCGUUUCGUGUCCCUGAAGGGGGACCUCUACGACAAUGACGUGCUCUUCUGGCUGGAGGUGCAGAGAUACAAGGACCUGUGUCAUUCGCACUGUGACGAGGCCACCAUCCAGCACAAGAUCAGCACCAUAAUCACCUGCUUCAUCAGCUCGUCUGUGCCCCCCGCCCUGCAGAUCAGCAUCCCCCCCGAGCAGGCGCGCACCAUCCUGGACAGGAGGAGGGAGCUGGGACCAUACGUCUUCAGAGAGGCCCAGAUGUCUGUGUUUGGGGAGCUGUAUAAGCUGUGGCCACAGUUCCUGGACUUCAAGAGCAGGGUGGGAGAGGAGGAGGACCUGCUGUCGCUACUGGAGAGGAAGAGAGUCCGGCAGAGAGAGAGAGAACUGCAGCGC